CUCAUGGUUCCUAGUUGGAUUCGUUUCCACGGUGCCAUGAUGGGACCUCCCUCAGUAGGAUCUUAAGAGAGGUGCUGUUUGACCUCAGGGGCUAGGGGCUCAUCCCAAGGGGGAGCCUGCCUUCCCAUCCUGAGCUGUCCCCUCCUGCCAGUUCUCAGGACAGAGCCUGCCCACACCCCACCUGUCCUUCCUUCUCCUGGUUCCAAGCAAGAUACGACUUGGCCAGGGUAUCAGGAACCCUGGUCCCCUCCUCCGGGAAGGCCUCCGUCCCCCCAGUGCAGGCUGGUGCCCCACAGCCCUUGGCACCUGCCCUUGCUAUUGCAUCUUUCUCGCCGGCUGGACUGCUUGGGGUCAGGGACAGCAUAUGUGUCCCAGCAUCACCCAGCACAGAGCCUGCACUGACUGUCAGGGACCCAUGAUGGAUACGUGAUCCCAUGAACAAGUGCAGGAAAACAUUAAGCAUAAUCCAACCAGGCAGGGAGAACUGAGUCUACAGUGGCUGGAAAAGAGGAGGCCCAGAGGAGAGAUGGACGAAGGUACAGCUCAGAGUUAGCAGCAGCAAGUUAUUGAUAACUGGGGUACUCACUGAGCACGUCCUACGUGCUGAUAUGAUGCAGGGGGAGGAAGCAUCGGGAGUGGGUGUCUGGGGGCCUUCACCCCAGCAGAUGCCCACAGGGUCGUAGGAACCCGACAUCUAGGCUAAUUGCCCUUGGGUCUAGUACCUUCUGGGUCCCUGCUGCAGUGGCCCUGUGGUCACGGCCAGCCAGGCCUGGGCUUUGGGAUCAUGGAUUGAGUCCAGGUUCUGGCAGGCAGGGAGAAGCCUGGAGUGAAGGCAGCCUGCCUGAAGCUGAGCAGGACCCCAGAGGGGCCAGCAGGGGACAAUCUGACCUGGCACCCUCCUUCAAGCCCCUCUCUCUGUCUAGGCCCGAAGUCAGGGCUCCUGUCAGGGCUCCUGGACAUCCCUACUCCUGGAGCCAAUAAAUACUCUUUCUAAAGCCAACUUGAAGCUGAUUUUCUAUUACUUGUAACCCGAGAGCUCUGGACCAAGACCUGCCGCUGGGAUUUAUACCUGGGUCUGUCUGGCCCCCUCUCUCUUCUCCAGUUAAGCAGGGUCCUUAGCAAAAGAUGAUGGAACUCAGAAGGGAGCCCAUGGACAGAGGCCCAGGGAGAAUCCAGGAGGACCCAGCACAUCAGAAUGCAGUGGGGUGGCGGGCGAGGCAAAGAGCAAGGCCCAGGACUGCAGGGGGAGCCCUUGGAUAGAAUGGUCAAGGAUUCAGGACAAGACAAAGCGGGGAUGAAGGCCAUGUUCAGGGCCUAAACACGUUCUCCGGGUUCAAGGGCACAAACUGGGGUGUCUGGUCACCCGGUGUCACCUGGGCACUCUUCCGGGCAGGGAACCGGUCUCCUUGCUCUGUUAAGAACUUGGUAAUGCUUUACAAAGCAGGUGGGGGCACCUCUUUCGUUUGGUCUUCACAUCAACACCCUAAGAUAGGAAUUUGAUUUUUAUUUAAGGAUGAAGAGCUGGUCCUGAUGCCUGGUCUUCUGGGACAUACGGGGUGCAAGCUCUAAGAGACCUCGCCCCACGUCAGCUUCACCGCAAGCCUGGGACGAACCUCAGGCACGAUCAGCGCGCCGAUGCAGUGCGCAUGCGUCCUGUGCCCGCCUCCCAGGGCUCUGACUACAACCCCCAGCAUGCACCGGGUGCCGAGACCUUUCAAACUAGCCAAUCCGCAGCCCGCACCGCAGUUGCCGCGGCGCGUUUAAACCCGGGGCGGAGGCGCGUCGGCCGGGACCGCUCCGGUGACUUCUGACAGCUCUCGCCGCGGCGGGAGGAGCCGGCAGCGACGCGCCUUCAGCCAGCCAGGCCCAGCGGCGGCGAUGGAGGUUCCCGAGGACGGUGUCGUCCUUUUGGCCGACGAGAAGUUCGACUUCGACCUUUCCUUGUCUUCUUCGAGCGCGAAUGAAGACGACGAGGUCUUUUUUGGACCCGUUGGGCAUAGAGAACGGUGCGUCGCCGCCAGCUUGGAAUUAAACGAAUUAAACGGCCAGAUUCCCAAGGAGCCGCCGCCGCCGCCGCCGCCGGCGUCUCAAAGCCGCCUCGCUUGGAGCCCUCUCACGGGGGAGAAAUUUGUGGAGGUUUAUAAAGAAGCUCACUUGCUGGCCUUGCAGAUACAAAGCAGCAGCAAAAACCAGGCGGCCCAGGCUGCCAAGCCCGGGGGCCCUGGGAGCCAGGAGGUGGAUGGAUUCAUCCAGGAGUCAGCGUUAAAAAUAAACCUCUUCGAGAAGGAAAACGAAGCGGAGAAAAGCCCCAGGUCCCUGAAGAGGGAGACGUACUGCCUGUCGGCCGGCGCCCCUCCCGGCCUGGGCCUUGGGCAGACACUGGGCCCACCGGGGCCGAGGGCUGCUCCCCCUCCGAACCAGGCUGGACCGCAGAAGAAGGUCACCAGCAAAUUGCCACCGCCCCGAGCCUCGUCCCAUAGAGGAAAAAGCAUUCCCUGGGCCGUGGAGAAGCCUGUGAAAGAGAGGCCAGCGAGUCUUUCCAGCGGGAAGACCCUACAUGACAAGGAAGCCCUCGGCACCGUGCCCGCCGACAGGCCCCUGGCUGCCCAGGAUGUCAGCAGCUUGCCCGCCAGCGCGGGCCCCGCGGGCCCAGGCAAGCGAUCGCUCCCUGUUCCCAACAAGUCCGGGCUGAAGAGAAGCAUGUGCAGACCACCUGGAUGCGCCGGCGGUCUUGCCAGAAGGCCCUCCUCCUCCUCGGGGCCCCUCCCGGGCGCCAGGUCUGGCGCCUGUGCUGCUCCGGCGGCCGGCGAAGCUAAAUCCGGUGAACGUCCAAGCCUUCCCGCGGGCAGCUCCCGGCCAGACCCCGGCCAGUCGGGCAGAACCGGACUCGCCGUGCCGCCGCCGGCUCUGCAGGCGGGCCCUGUGGCCGAGGCCCGCGGGCAGGGCCAGCGCUCCGGGCCUGCCGCGUGGACAGCGGAGCAGCCCAGGGCGCCCAGCAGCGGGCCGCUCGCCCGACCCCACACUCCAGGACAGGGAGGCCCCGGGCUGAGCUCUCACUUGGGUUUGGCACCGUCUUCGCAAACGCAGGCGACGGGGGGCGCCAGAGGGCGCGGUUCCUGUCUGACUUCCAAGACCAAGGUCACGGCUACCCCGACAGACCAGUUUAAAGUUCCCAAGUCUUCUGCUGGUGAACCCCCAGGCGGUGCCACCCCCAGGUCCUCCCGGGCGCAGAGGCCGCAGUCCUGCACGGCCGUGGGGAGGGUCGUGCACAGCACGCCUGCCCGCCGGUCCUUGGCCUCACAGAGCCUCGUGGGCAGCAUGGGGACCCCCGUGAGCGCAAGACGCGUGUCGGCCCUGCCCACGCCUGCCAGCCGUCGUCUCUCCAGCCUGGCACUGGUGACCCCUCAAACCAUGCCCAGAGCACUGGCUUCUCCCCUGUGCGUGUCUGCUCGGCGACUCGCUUCUGAGCCACAGAAAAAAUCUGCAGUAAGGGCCGCCCCAGCGACGGAGCGCCAGGGCCGGGCGGCCUCCGGGCUCUCGGACACGUCGCUGGACGGGAGCUUUUCUCCUGCGUCUGCUGUGCCACAGGCGCUGAGCUUUUCUCCGGAAAAGAGUGACUUGACUUUCUCGAAAAGUAUCGCCACAGAAGCAGCAGCAGCUCUAGGUGACCCGCGGCCACCUGAAGCUCCGCUCCCCGGGGAGGCGGUCCUCGUGGACGUGCAGCUGGAGCAACUCCGCAUCGGCCCGGCAGCCGCAGGCGCCCCCCCGGGCGACCUCCCGCUCAUCGACUUCUGCGCGACGCCGGAGGCCAGCGCGGCUUUGGGGGCUGGGGGCGGGCCCCUGGUCGACCUCCUGACGAACACCCCAGGCGCGGAGCGGGGGGCUGCGGCCAAGCUCCCCCUCGAGGCGGGGCAGCUCAUAGACUUGUCCUCCCCUCUGAUCCUGCUGAGCCCCGAGGCCGACAAGGAGAACGUGGAGUCGCCGCUUCUCAAGUUCUGAGCGGAAGAGGGCCUUUGCAUUUCCCUCAAGGCCAGUGCCUUCACCACAGGCAGCCCUAGUGUGGCUUUCAACCCUGAGAUAAAGUUGAGGAGAGGUGGUUUUGGCAAAGGUGAAAACACAGACAUCUAAGUGAAGUGGCCAUGCCUGGAGUGGGGCUGUGGGAUCCGGGGUGUUGGCCACCUGAGGUCACUGCUGGCCGGGAGCUCCUGUUCCCGCGCCCGCCACACCCGCAGGUGCGAGGAGCUGCAGUGGCUCUAGGUGAAGAAUUCGUUUGGAAUCUUUUGUACGUAAAAUAGCAAGUGGCUAUUUUUAAAAUUAAGUGUGUACGAAAAGUUAAAUAUUCUAGGUUUAAGUUAAAUUGUAAAAUAAAAUGUAUUAAAGCUUA